AUGUCCUCAUCAGCUGCCAGUAGUUUGAGCUCAAAACGGAAGAAAGGCACCGCAGAGGAUGCCAUUGACCUCGAUUCUGACCUCAGUUCCGACCGCGGCUCCAGCCUCGACCCCGACUAUUCAUUAUCAAAGAGAAUCAAAACUUGUGCCUCGUCCUCAUCUCCUCCUUCCCGAAACAAAAUCACGCCGUCCUCGAGCAGCUCAAAACACCCGUGUUACGAUAUCUCACACUCAGAGUCAAGCUCAGGGUCAGAAUCCGGAUCCUCCGACGGUGACACGUCCGGCGAUAUGGACCCAGACUUCGCUGCCCGUGGUCACCAUGACCUUGACCUGAACCAUAUGCUGCGACAGCUAGACCGAUCCUCGCGCACCAAGCACAUGGUCGUUCUCGCCGCCGACCUGCAAGCCAUCCGUGAUCAGCUGAAGAACUUCGAGGCUGUGGCCGAGUCAUAUCAAGAAAGCUACGACGAGCAACAGUCCGAAUACCGCCGCAAGCUGCACGCGUACAACGCACUCAAAGGCAGAGGAAGCGCCCCGAAGACUACGCUGGACGCCAGACGCGCCGAGGUGCGCAUCCUGGCGGACGAAGUCGAGCAGCAGGACCGAGAGGUCAGCUGUAUGUGGAGGGCUCAGACACAUUACAAGGAGUGGGUCACGGGCCUGUCAGAUGUGCGAGACACGUUUACCCAACUUUGGGACGUGUAUGAGAGCAUUACGAAGCCAGGUCCUAGCUCGGCGCCGGUUCAGGCCAGAUCGCUCUGGGGCCAUGGCUAUGGGUUCCAGCUGCACGUCGCCAUGCAGGAGGCGCGUGCGAAGGUCAUCAAGGCCGAAGCGGAGGUGCAGGCCUGCCUUGCUUAUCUGAGGGAGUUGAACGAGAGUGAGACCUCUGAGUAG